AUGGUAGGAGGAGGAGGAAGAAGAGAAGAGGAAGGUCCGGCAUCCACCGGCGGGUCCGCUGUUCGGGGUUCGCUAGAUUCCCCGGUUAUCGGCAAACGUUCGCGUACCCUGCAACGAGUAGCCGGGGGAGAGGUGGACACAGACACUGAAGGUCCGAGUUGUGGCGGGACUUCGGACUUGUCAGAUGGUCUGGGUCGCUCGCUUCGUGUCAUCACAGGACGUGGGGAGCGAAUAAGAUCCGCGUAA